AAUCUCAAAGACAGACUUGAGCCGUGCUGUCAGGAGAUGAUGGUGUUUAACCGCGGAAUCCCUGAAGAAACGUAGCUGCUGAGUGGCGUCACAGUCAGAGCUGAAAGUCAGUAUCAUCGUCAUCGCCGCUCCUCCUGUAGGAAGGGCGCUCCCCGGAUAGCUAGCUGGCUAGUUGAACUGAGACGAACCAUGUCAGUAAAUCUCAGCAAAAACGGACCAGCAUUGACAGCUGCAUACAAAGAAGUGGUGGACGAAAAAUCCAACACGAACUGGGCCUUGUUCACCUAUGAGGGAAACAGCAAUGACAUCCGUUUGGCAGAGAAAGGAGAUGGAGGACUGGAGGAGUUGGUUGAAGAGCUCAACAGUGGAAAAGUGAUGUACGCCUUCUGCAGAGUUCAGGACCCGAAUUCUGGUCUGCCCAAAUACGUCCUCAUCAACUGGACUGGAGAAGGAGUAAAUGAUGCCAGGAAGGGAAUGUGCGCAAAUCAUGUCCUUUCUAUGGCCAAUUUUCUGAAGGGAGCUCAUGUCACAGUUAAUGCAAGAGCAGACGAGGAUGUAGAGCCUGAAGCCAUCAUGCAAAAGGUUGCUAAAGCCUCAGGAGCCAACUACAGCUUCCACAAGGAAACUUCCAGCCGCUUUCAGGACAGCGGCCCUCAGGGGCCCGUGGGCUCUGUGUACCAGAAGACCAAUGCCAUGUCAGAAAUCAGGAAAACGAAUAAAGACAACUUCUGGGCACAGGCUGAGAAAGAGGAGGAAAAACGCCGGCAGGAGGAGCGACGCAAGGCAGAGCAGGAGCGCCAGCAGCUGGAAAAGGAGAGAAAAGACAGAGAGGCCAAAGAAGCUGCUCUGAGGGAGAAACGAGACAAGGAGAAGGCCUCUCAGAUCGAACAGCAGAAGAAGUACCAAGAGCAGCUGGAAGCUGAACGUAAAGAGCAGGACAAACAACAUUGGGAGAAGCAGCAGGAGAAGGAGGAGACCCAGAGGAAAGCAGUCAGGAGGGGUGAAUCCGUGGAGAAGGCCAACGAAGCUGCGUCCCUCAUCUCUCAGCGCGCCAUGAACCCCAGAGAGAUGUUCAAGCAAAGAGAGCGGGGAAUAACUCCCAGUGACUCAGAUGUGCCCCCUGCAGCCCCUGCCAGCCCCCAGCCAGGGCGACUUCAAAGCCCCUUUCUGUCUGAGCAAGCGUUUAAAUCUGAGCGAAGCAGCUCGCCUCAGCGCCAAGCUUCUCCUUCUGCAGCGCCAGCACGCUCCGCCUCUCCUGUCCGUGCCACAGAGCCUGUUGUGGAUGAUGAGCAGGAGGCAGCCCCCCAGGAGCCGUGGAAAGAGGAGGAACCUGUCACCAACUCAUACGUUCAAGAGUCGCCUCAUGAAGAGCCCGCUCAGGUGGAGGACAGCAGCUCCUAUAGCGUGACGGCAGAUUCAUCAGACAAAGGCAUCUGCGCUAGAGCUUUGUACGACUAUCAGGCUGCGGAUGAAACGGAGAUUUCAUUCGACCCGGAUGAAGUCAUCACCGGCAUCGAGAUGAUCGACGAAGGGUGGUGGCGAGGUUUUGGCCCCGACGGCCAUUUCGGAAUGUUCCCGGCCAACUACGUGGAGCUGAUUUAGCUCGGCGCUCGCCGACCGUCUCGACCCCCCCAAUCCCAGAGGAGCUCUGCAGCAACCGACGUUGCACAGUCAGUCCAUACACAUGUAGGAGGCUCAACGGGGGUAGCCUUCAGGCUGUGGAAGCACGGGGUGGUAUAUGUGGACCAGAAGCUUUCAAACUCCUUUAACAUUUCAAGUCUACGAUUCCAUUCAAUUGAUGUUUUCACAAACUGAAGGCUCUGCAGAGGGAACUGAGGCCAUCCCAUAAUUCUGCAACCACUCAUUCCAACACCACAUCAGCUCUAAAGCAUCUUCUAGUCCCCAUUCCUUAAGUGGCUUCAGUUUAUGUUCAGGUGUGAUUCUUUGUAGCAUUGUUCCUGUCCAUUUUUCAGGAAAUGAAAAGGGUGUUACCAGAAGCAGCUAAUUCUUUGCCUUGAUUUUUGCCUUUUCUUACCGGCAGACUGAAAUUUUCUUUUUCUUUUUUUUUUUUUUUUUGUGAUCGACCUUCAAUCCUGUGUGACUUUCAAACCUGAUCUGACUGUGGCUGAAGUGUUUAUCCAAAUAGAGAAACGAUCCUGUGGGUUGUGCCUUUAGCAGGGCAGGGCAUCAGUUCCAUUUUUAAAUGCGAAUAAAUAGCCGUUCUCAGUGCAAGUUCUUCCUCAUUUGAACCACAUCCUUUCAACAAACUUAACUUUUCAGGGAAUGACUGAAAUGAGGAACACAUGCAUUUAUUUCAAUUCAAAUCAAGAGCCGUAUAAUAAAGUCCUGUAGUGCCAUCAGAGAUGGAAUAAGCGCUUGAAAGUAGACUUUAUGCAACGUUUUUAUGUGUUUCUCAGAGAUUCCCACCCUCCUUUUAAGUCUCGAAAAAGAAGAAAAUCUUUGUUUUUCUUUUUGCAUAGAAACGGGCAUUCAUGUGGUUGUUUUGCAGAGUCUGUUGUCGUGCACACAUUCUUCAGAGUCAAAAUAAAGAUGAAAACUGUG